UAAUGCAACUUUUUGAAGAACAGUUAAAUAUUAGAAGACUAUUUUUAUUUGCCUUUCUUUUGUUGUAUAUACCAAGCAAUUCCUAUUGUUGUCUUCUAUGUCCUUUACAUAUCCCCGCUAGGCCUAAACCGUUGGAUCAAUUUCGUGUGCCAUCCAUUCAAAAAUUAAUUAGAACGUCGGAAACAAUUGAGUGGCUUUGUCAAAAUGGAUCUAGGUUAUCCACAAUAUCACCAGAAUGCCGUUCAGAAGUCGCCCAUUUAUUCUGUUCAUUAACGGGCUUUGUAGCUUCCUUAAAGGCUGAGGAAUGCCCUGGACAAGAAAAUAAAGAACAAUGUGUUAAAUGUCGAAAAGAAAAUGAACGUCUUUACAAUGUUAAUAAAUGGAUUAUGACUUGGGUAGAUUCUGUUGGGAAAAUGCCGUCGGGAAUUAGUGAUGGAAAUUAUCAUUGGCUAGGAGAUUAUGAACAGUGUCAAAGGCUUAAAAAGUAUGUUGGGAAUAAUGGGGGUUUUCAUUGGGGAGAGAGGAGGCAAUGGUUGUGGGAGAAAAACAAGAUUAAUCGGACCAUUCCAGAAGAUCAAUAA